CUAGACGCCGAGGUGGAUCGCAAUCGAACCAAAGGUUUGAAUGGUUCCGAGGUUGCCUACAAUGUUGUACAAGUGACUCUUUCAUUAUUAGAUAUUCGCGCAGCUGGAUGUACAGGUCACGCUCUCCACAGAGGAUCUACACAUGAGAUUGCGAGAUUAAGGCUUCGUCGUACGAAUCAAAAUACAACAAAUUGCUCAGCCUUAUUUAUAUCUCAAGUACUCGCAAAUUCUGCGAAUCAAAGAGUAACACACCCGGCAAACGCGCAACAGACCGAUCGAAAUCCAGAAGUACCCGGGCCGGAGAACAAGGGCUUUUUGCUUGAUCAGCAAUGCUAUUCCUUGGCGCACCAUCUCAAAUGCUGUAUCGAGACGAUGGAGCGGAGACGAAAUGCAAAGGAACGAUCCGUUGCCUUCCUUGCCGGCCAAUGGCAAACGGUCAAUUUUCUUUGGCAAUUUUUGAUCAGUACUGAAUAG